CGGCCAACCGUUUAAUUAAGAGAGUUCAGAUCGCUUGGUCAAUAAAUGUAUAUAUAGGAUUCAUGUCAGUUGUUGGUAGAAGAUGAGAUGUCACGCUGAUAUUCAAGGGUCGUCAAACGUGUUUGGAUUUACACUGGAAUUCUAAAGAAACUGGUGGUUCUAAAGACAUUUCCAAGGCGACUUCCUGGAUUUGGUUGAAAAGCUAAACCACAAGUUGUAAUAACUGGAUCAGUACCUGGUAAAAGAUGAUCUCGUUCUGUCUACUCCUUGUACUCUUUUUAAAAGCAUGCGCCUCCAAUAGCAAACCAGUUAUUCUGGUUCAACCCUCGGACACUGUCAUCAUAGGAUUCAGCUUCACUCUCAUGUGCAUCAGCAACAGCCAGAACAACACUGUUACGUGGUUCCACAACAACAAGAUAAUACAGUUCCACCGACAACAAGACAUGAUGAAGACAGCUGAUGGAUCACUGUUCGUCUCUAACGCUCUUGUUUACCGUGACGAGGGGUUCUACCAGUGUCUAGUGUCUAAUACGAGAGGCGCGGUGUUCAGCAGAAGAGCAAAGGUCAAGUUUCCAUAUCUCAAGCAAUUUGCCAAAGGGAACGAAUUCAUCAGAAAAGAAGAGAGUCAUAGCGUGGUUUUAAAGUGCAUCGCACCUGACUCUUACCCUGACAGGCAAAUCCAGUGGUCAAAAAUCGACCCACAGAACCGGAGCUUGCGCAAACCUCUUCCCCAGUCACCUUACUACACGGUCAGCUCUAACGGGGACCUACACUUCUCGUACGUCAAGAGUAGGGAUUCUGGUGACUAUGUGUGUACGGUGACCAAUAAUGUUAUCAAUAGACACGUGGUACGGACUUUGGUCCUCACGGUUUACCCUGUGCUUCCAUUAGUCAAUCAGCCACCAAUGAUAUCAACUGAGUUUUCACUAACAAAGGUGGCUAUGAAGGGAGAACAGUUUGCCCUUGAGUGCAUCGUCUAUGGAAUGCCUGUACCAAAAAUAACUCUACGAAAGAAAGGUCUACAUAUGAUCAUUGGCCAGAUUGCAGGCAACGCACGACGUCACAUUAUCAAAAGCUUUAGCAGCAGCGACGCCGGGAGGUAUAGAUGUAAGGCAACGGAUCCAUCGGGAAGAUCUGAUUCCAGAACCACAACUGUGAGAAUGGAAGCCAAACCUGAGUGGGUCAAAAAACCAAGUGACGUUAUAGUUGGUAAUAACAGCACUAUAUCUCUCCCCUGUGAGGCCUUUGGUAUACCAAGGGUCCAUUAUCAAUGGUACUUCAAUGGAUUCGCCUUGAAACCGUCCGCUAAGCACUCUUUCAGUGGUGGGAACCUCACUUUAUCGAGGCUCGCGUACAGCGACAGGGGAAUGUAUCAGUGCGUAGUGACCAACAGGCAUGGUCAAAUGAUAUCAUCCGCUGAAGUAAUGGUCGCAGAAAUCCCCGCUGGGUUUGGUCCCGGAAGUAAAGCUCCUGAAGACAUCAACAAGCUAAUUCGCUCCACUGUCACUCUGCCAUGCAACCCCACAGGAAACCCAAAGCCUACAGUAAGGUGGAGAAAGGGAUCUACGUAUCUCAGGAAGAAUCCACGAUACCUGUUCAUGGCCAAUGGGAAUCUGCGGAUUUUUAAUCUAACGCGCUUUGACAGUGGACGAUACACAUGUGAAGUUUCCAAUAGACUUGGUUCGAAUUCAAGAACCGCGCGGCUCAACGUUCAAGAAAAUUUAGCAAUUACUACCCUUCCAAAAGACCAGAUGGCCAAAAUUGGAUCAAAUGUCAGAUUUACAUGUGGCGUGUCGACAAUGGGCGUGACUGAAGUCACGAUCCAAUGGAGCAGGUACUACCAGCCAGUCAUCCCCAACUCACGCAUAACAAUUGGGAAAAGCGGAAAAGGCAUGAGUUAUAUUAACAUUAAUGGAGUUCGGUUCUCGGAUGCGGGACUGUACUCAUGUACAGUGUCGACACCGCUUGGGUCUGUGUCUUCUAAGUCUUCUAUUGAACACGCUAUUCUUCAAGUACAAGGUCCUCCAGAUCCACCCAAACACGUAAAGGUCUCCAAUGUCAACAGUCGCUACAAAGUCAACAUCACGUGGUCUCUAGGACGCGAUAACUACAGCCCGAUAACCAGGGUGAUCAUUGAACAAAAGGUCUAUUUUUACCCGCGUGUCUGGAGCCUAGUAAAAACCAUCACAGAUCCUAAGGAGACACGUGUAGAAGUCACUAUGUCACCAUGGGCUCGUUAUACUUUCCGCGCAAUCGCAGUAAAUGCAAUUGGUUCGAGUAGGCCUAGUGCCGAGACGGCUACUAUUAUCACUCCUCCAAAUGCACCAGACAUACCUCCGCAAGGCAUUAAAAGCAAAGGGAAGACUCCUUCUACCUUGCAAAUUUCAUGGCAGCGCUUGACUUUAAUGCAACAAAAUGGCCCCGAUCCAUUUUACGUCGUCUACUACAAGAAAGCCGACAGUAAAAAAUCAAUGAAACGUCACGAGGKGCGGAACAACAGGACCAGGUUUACCAUCAAGGGUACGAAGUACUACACCAAGUAUGCCUUCCAAGUACAGGCUGCUAACAAGAGGGGCUUUGGACCUAAGAGUGACGUUCAAUAUGGAUAUUCUGGAGAGCGAUAUCCUGUUGGCAGACCUACCAAACUUAAAAUCACCAUCACUUCGCCUACCUCAGCCGUCGCAACAUGGACACCGGUAUCAAACAAGAGAGAUAUUGCUGGAGGAAAGCUACUUGGAUAUMAGGUGUACUUCUGGACUGAUGACUUCGACUACCGCCCAAGAAAGGCAAAGUUUAAGUCCACUGUACGCGCGACAGCAGUGCUUCAACUCGAUGCCUUCACGUCGUACCGUUUCCAGGUUCUAGCGUACAAUAGUCUUGGGGACGGUCCGGGAAGUAGCAUCGUGGGCCCUCUGAGGACACCUAUGGGCAGUUCGAUCACUGAUAGUAAAUCAGCUAAACGCCAUUCAGAAACAAACUCAAAGGAGGCUCAUUUGUUACCCGAACCUCCCUCUCACCUGACUUUGGUUGUGCAGAACGCCUCUUAUGUUCUGCUGCAGUGGGCUCCUCCCAAAACAUCUAAUGGUGCUAUCAUGAGUUACACURUAUCUGUGAGAAGGUUGGUAGAUAGCAAAACCGUGAGCAAGACAACCAACUUCUCAACCGAACUUCGAGUYCACAAUCUGGACUUGAAAACACGUUUCCAGUUUUCUGUCCGUGCGAAAAACACGAUUGGAGAGGGACCGCCUGUCAUGGCUGACUUUGACCUUGCAACGAUUCCAUUAAGCUGGCCUGACAACGUGCAAGCAUUGUAUGAUGGAUUCCAAAGGGAAGCAACAAUCUCUUGGGACAAAAUUCGAAAACUACGAGUCGAUGGAUACAGGAUAUAUUAUUUUAAGAAAGAAGGCAAACUCGAAACAAUAGAUGUGGAAAGAGAUCGAACAGAAUGGACCAUACCAAGACUGGAAAAUGGCAACGACUUCUGGUUCCAAGUCGCGGCAUUUAGUCUAGUAGAUGGAGAGCAUUACAUGAUAGGRCCAAGAUCACCAGCGGUGAAGGCUGGGAAAGUGGUUGUGUCAGCCAGAAAGUCCUCGGGCUCAAAAAUUUUGUCACAGCUGUCUCUACUACACCCUAUAUGUGUUGUUAUCCUCUUUUAUCAACUGGUCAGCUAAUUAUGUCCCAGAAAAGUUCUUUGGAAUUUAAUCUGGAUUUGAAGUAAUUUCGCCUUGUAGUUUAGGCAAAUGGAACAUGUUGAGAAGAAUUGUAUGGAUUUCAAACUUCACUCCUGCCUGGAAAUGGUUUUAUCAAAACAAGUUAUUGACAAUGGGUAUUCUGAUAUCCAGUUUGUUAUCCUUYCACCUUUCCAGAUAUUCACGUUGACAACUCUAAGGAAUGCUAUCAGAAUAUUUUUGACAUAUGACAGACAAGUAAGGUGUGACUCAAUAAACACCUAAAUGUUGAAGUUUUGCUCCAAUGAACAAGAAACAUCAAUGCUUUGUAUCAACAUUAAACGUUAUUUGCCUCUGUGCUCCAAGAUGAYGCUGUUCACCUAACAAGGACAUGCAAUUUUGUUUCUUUUGCCAUAUAAGAACAAAGUAUUUUGUCUUAACCAAAUAUGGAUAACCAAUGAUAAAUUUACCAAUUGGGGACACAAAUGGCAUCAUUACCAACAAUUUCUUUGCCAAAACAAAGAUAGAAAACCAGUGGUUUUGAUGCCAAAUAAAGGGCAACUAAAGAUGCAAAGUCUUUACCAAAUGUGGACCACUGACAUUCAAAUAUGGAUGACCAAUGGCAUCCUUACCAAAUAUUGGACACCAAAAUAGUGUCUUCACCAAAUAAAGACAAUUUGUUAAUGUUUACUAAUAAUUAGUAAUAGAAUAAGUAAUGGAAUUAUUCCAAUAUGGACAAUUAAUGUUGACUUGACAAUAUAUGGUUGCAAUUGUUUUGUUCCAUGCCAAAUAUGGACAUACAUGUCUUUUUAAGACUCUUUCCAAAUCUGGCCAUCAUUGUUCCUAAUUUCCUUCCUCCUCCAAUGAUGACAUUGAUUCAGGAAUUAGGUCAGAAUGUGUCUUUUUACCUUUUAAAAAUAAGAGCAUUCUCAAGCUUUGCCAGGAGUUAUAUUUUGAUAUUGGUCAGCAAUGAGGGUAUUGUUGCAAUGUGCGAUAAUUAUAAAAUGUUUUAAAAAACAAAGAAGAAUUAUGACAUGACACUUCUAUCUUGCUAAGCAGAAGUGUAAAGUACCUAUUAAUGAAAAUGAAGCAUGUAUAUAUGAGGGUUUUAAAAAAUUGAAAUAAUCUAUCAAUGUUUUGAGCCAAUAUAAAUCCAGUUGCAGAUCCAGGAAAUUGAGAAGGGGGUUAACUAUUAUGAAGGUUUUACAGGAAAUGCAAGAAAAAGUGGGUGGCUUGCUAAGGAUAAUAAUUUGAUCAAAAGGGGGAUGGCUAGCCACCCCCUUUACCCCCUGGAUCUGCCCCUGAAAUCUGGCAAUCUUCUGGCACACUCUGAUUUAACUUUUAAGUCACCUGGAUAAGAUAACAUAUUUGACAUGUUUAUUUAUCCAUUUAUGAUAUUAGAGAAGUAGAAAGAGGGGAAAGAUAAGAGAGAGCUUUGACCCCAAGCACUCUCUUYGCAAUGAACCUCCUGCUACGGCCUAUUGCUGGUUUUCGAUCAAUCCAGAGAUAUGAAAAGCACAGCAGCCAUGUUGGUUGAUAUAAAAAACAAAAUAAUUUCAAGAAGAGAUAACUAGCUAAAAACUAGUGUGAGCUGCAUCGGUGUUUCUAAUGAAACAGUAACGAUAAAAGGGUGAAUUUUACACUGUGAAAAGAUGAAAAAAAACUUACUGACGUUUCRGACGCUAGUCCUUUGUCAGAGUAAAAGAGGAAURAAAUAAUUUCAAGUUUWWAAAAAAAAAAUUUAACCAAGAUGGCAACUAUGAAAACCAGCAAUCUGGCCUAUAAUAGCAUCAGGUUGCUAAGCAUUUUUUUUUUCAUAUUAUGAAACAGGCCAUGUGCAUCUUAUGCAGCUUUUCAAACAUUUCAAUAGAGCUUUUUUAGAGUAAAAGGUUUUUCAUAUUGAAAAAUGGUGAAAAAGCCAGAGAGGCCUGAUAGUUUGCUAGGAUACAGAGCAGGUUCAUUAAAAAAGCUUCUCAUGAAGAA